AUGCUGGGCAAGAUCUUCGGAAAUAAGGAGAUGCGACUGCUCAUGUUGGGUCUUGAUGCAGCAGGAAAGACAACCAUCCUCUACAAGCUCAAGCUAGGGCAAGACGUCACAACCAUUCCCACAGUGGGCUUCAACGUCGAAUCAGUCACGUACAAGAACGUCAAAUUUAAUGUAUGGGAUGUUGGUGGUCAGGACAAGAUUCGACCUCUUUGGCGACACUACUUUUCAGGCACUCAAGGUCUCAUUUUUGUCAUCGACUCAAACGACCGAGCACGAAUUGACGAAGCUCGGCAAGAAUUACAUCGCAUCAUCCUCGACCGAGAAAUGAAGGAAGCGCUCCUACUAGUCUUCGCGAACAAGCAAGAUAUCCCUGGAUCAAUGACACCGACAGAGGUCACUGAGAAACUGAGAUUAAAUCAGCUGAAAGACCGGACUUGCCACGAUACUGUACGUACAGCAUAUUGA